ACUUUGAGGAGGCAUCUCUGUCGACUGGUCUCAGAAAUGCAGCGAGGAGAGAAGGAAACCUUCGACUAAAGCGGGACGGAGCUCCGUUUUCUCAUGCGGCUGCAUUAGUUUAAAGUUACCUUUACAAGCGUACGGUUAUGUUAACUAAGCUGCGUGUUCCAAGAAGUGACUGUAAACCUCACGCCAGCUGCCUUUGAGGAAUAUUUUAAAAAACCAAGAGCUUCACGGCGACUUCAUCUGGACCAUGGGCUGCAGUAACAAGGUGAUGUGGGGGGUGAUAGGGGCAGCUGUCGUCAUCACGUUAAUAACCAUUCCAGCAGUUAUUUACAACAAAUCUGGUGGUAACAAAAGACCCUUUUCUCUUGAUGACUACUUUAAUGACACCUUUAAAUGGAGAGCCUACAAUUUGUAUUGGAUAUCAGAUAAGGAGUAUUUGCAUAAAGAAAGAGACGGGAAUGUCUUUCUCCACAAUGCUGAAACAAAGGAGGAGACGCUUUAUUUGAGCAAUUCAACCUUUGCCCAAGUUGAAGCCACAGAUUAUUUGCUGUCAGGUGAUUAUAAAUACAUCGCCUUUGAAAGCAACUACACAAAGAAAUGGAGACACUCAUUCAAUGCCUCAUAUUCGAUCUAUGACAGGGAGAGUUCAACUUUUGUCACGCCUGCAAAUCUUCCACGUGUUGUGCAGUACUUUACCUGGGCACCAACCGGAAACAAAUAUGCCUACAUUUCAGACUUCAACAUUUUUUUCAAAUCCAAUGUCAGUGCUGAUGAAGCUGUGCAACUGACACACAAUGGGAAAAAGAAUGAGAUCCUUAACGGUGUCCCUGACUGGGUGUAUGAGGAGGAGGUGUUUGCAUCGAAUGGAGCAGUAUGGUGGUCCUCAACCGGAAAGUUCUUGGCAUAUGCAGAGUUUAAUAAUACAGAAGUUCACAAAGUGGAGUUCUCUUGGUAUGGAUCUGAGCAAUAUCCUCAGACAGUGGCCAUUCCAUACCCAAAGGCUGGAUCACCCCUUACUGAGGUGAAACUUUUUGUUGUCGAUACCACAAACCCAUCCCACCGCACACAGGUGUUUGCGCCCGCUUCUGUUUCUUCUGGUGAUCACAUCUUGUGCUCGGUGACCUGGGUUACAGAUAUACGCGUUGCAGUGCAGUGGCUCACAAGAAGACAGAAUUAUGUGGUUGUACAGAUCUAUGAUUUUGAUGGAAGUCGCUGGACAGAAAAACAGAAAUUCGAGCAAACAAGCAAGACUGGAUGGGUGGGCCAUUACGUGCCCUUGCCUCUUUUCUUUGCUGAAGAUAAGCUCAGUUUCUACAAAGUGAUGAGUGACACUAAUGGCUACAAACACAUUCAUUAUGUGAAAGAUGGCAAAGCAACCCCUGUUACCUCUGGGAAGUGGGAAGUUAUCUACAUAAGCAAAUUAACCAAAGAUGCCAUAUAUUUUGUUAGUAAUGAACAUGGAGGAAUACCUGUACAGAGAAACCUCUACAAGGUUAUGAUUGGAAGCAGCCCUUCUGCCCCCCAGUGUCUCACCUGCAACCUGCAUAAGGACAGGUGUCAGUACAACUCAGGUUACUUCAGCUUUGACGCCUCUUACUACCGAAUGGACUGCUACGGACCUGGAUUCCCCCUGUACACACUCAUGGACAGCAAGGGCUCAGAGCUUGCCGUUCUUCAAGACAAUAAGGACCUGAAAAAGAGUUUGUCUGAAUUCCAAAUGCCAACAAUGAAACAUGGCACCUUAAAGAUUGGAGGAUUUGAUCUUUGGUAUGAAAUGAUGUUACCACCCAAUUUCAAGAAUUCUAAAAAAUAUCCUCUUCUUAUUGAUGUUUAUGGUGGUCCGUGCAGUCAGAGUGUGAACUAUCGCUUCAAGCUGAACUGGGGCACGUACCUCUCCAGUUCACAUGAGAUCAUCAUUGCCAGCUUUGAUGGAAGGGGAAGUGGUUACCAAGGGGAUGAAAUAAUGCACUCAAUCUAUAGACGCCUAGGGACAUUUGAAGUGGAAGAUCAAAUAGCUGCUGUGAGGAAAUUCAUUGACAUGGGAUUUAUUGAUGAAGGCAGAAUAGCAAUAUGGGGCUGGUCAUAUGGUGGUUAUGUUUCCUCAAUGGCCUUGGGUGCUGGAACUGGACUCUUUAAGUGUGGAAUUGCAGUAGCCCCAGUAGCCAAGUGGGACUAUUAUGAUGCAGUUUACACUGAACGCUACAUGGGCAAGCCAACUGAGAAUUCCGACUCGUACAAAAACUCCACAGUGACCUCCAGAGCAAAGAACUUCAAAAAUGUUCAAUAUCUCUUGGUCCAUGGCACAGCGGAUGACAAUGUCCAUUUCCAGCAGGCUGCACAAAUCUCCAAAGCUCUGGUGGAUGCGCAAGUGGACUUCGAGGUGAUGUGGUACACCGACAAGGACCAUAGUCUCAGUGGAUCAGCCUAUCAUCAUAUAUACAGGCACAUGAGUCACUUCCUGCAGAAAUGCCUCCUUAGUCCCAAAUAGAUGUGAAGGAUGUAACAGCAUUUGUAGGCAACAGUUGUUACCACAGUUUCUUUGUCUAAUGCAUUUUUAAUGUGCUUUUUUUAAUUGUAAUAUUCUGAAAACCAGGUUGAACUAAUGCAACAAAUGUUAGAUUGCUCAUUUAAAUGAGCAUCUGUAUGUUGUGUGGAAUUUUUUGCAAAAUAUGUGAUAUGCAAAGAUACAAGUCCUAUCAUGCAUUUGUAGGUUAAAAAAUUUUAUGUAUGUGUGUGCGUGCGUGUGUA